ACGAUUUAUGGAUUUCGCUUCGUCAAUCUUUAUGUCCCGGGCAAAGACAAGACAAAUGAUAUAUCUCGUAAAUUCUUAAUACACGCCUGUACCUGUAGGGCUACAAAUCCUAGGGACUACGUCUAUGGACAGGUAGGAAUGCUGGAUGCUACGCUCGAUAUUGAUUAUAAAAAAUCGGUCAGACAAGUAUACUUGGAUUGGGUAUACUAUUCCUCCGAGAACGGGACAUUCGACAUUGAAUGAUACCUUCUCUGGGCGGGAACUGGGCUCCAUGAUUAUGAGAAUCGAUACAAUUUGCCAUCCUGGAUGCCUAAUCUAGCUAAAUUGACGCCGAUUGGCGUUACGAUUAAGGCCCUCGAGGUAGUAGACCUACGUCAAAUGUUUCACGUACCUUCAUUGCGAAUAAUGGAUGGUAUUCUGAACAUCUACGGCGCUAUAUGCUACGAGGUCAGACGAGUUAUACACCCGGAGCAAUUACCCAUCUGCGAUAUGGAAAUAAUGUUUAUAUCGCCCGAAAUACUUCAAUUUAUACACCUGUGGAUACGAGUUAUAAAUAACACGGACGAGAUUACAUACAAAGGUAGUAAGGUGUCAUCUUUCGUGGCCCUUAUAUCCACGUUGUUUAACAUCUUCCCGGACCCAUUCGAAAAAGAUCAACCACUCAUGGACAGUUCAUUAUUUAUCGAUCUUUUCCGCGUAUUCUUCGUAGAUCAGGUUGAUCGUGUGAGGGAAUUCGUCAACGAUCCGGCAUUUCCCACUUCCGAGGCUAUGCAACUCCUCCGAGAUGAGCUGGGAGAAGGAGAAUACACUUUCUGUGAAGACCUUGACACUCACAGAGCUUUUAAUUCCCAGAUGAAAAAGGUAGUUACUAAUGCAAUUUUGUGUACAAAGCGUUCCAUUAUCCAUACGAGUUGCAAGAAUUUAGGUGCAGGGCCACGUGGAGCACUUCCAGGCGACCAGAUAUGCAUCUUGGACCAAUGUUCCCUUCCAAUGAUUCUCAGGAGAGUGGGCGAGAGUUGGCAAUUUGUUGGUCCGUGCUACAUCUACGGCCUAUCUCCGCACGAGGAGGUUGAAAGGGUCAAGAAAGGAGAGUUGAAGCUUGAAGAAUUCAGAAUCCACUAGUACCGGGAUCUUGACUUGCGAGAGGAAUAUCGUAUCUUUGUUGAUUGUUGGUGUAGUUCAGCUACCUAACACUCCGGCUAUUGAUGAUUAUGAUGUGUUUACCUAGGUACUGAGGUAUGAA